UGUACUGUUUGAUGAAAAUGUGUUUUAAAAAUGUAUUAAAUGUUUACUUAAAGUAAUAUUGAUAUGAAUUCAUGUGAUUUUAAAUGUCGAUUAAAUAUAUAGUAAAUGAUAUAAAAUGUUUAGCGGACAUAAAUUGGGUUUAACUUAUAGAAAGUUGGAUUUAAACCCUCCUUCUCUUGAAGAGGUUAGUCAUGUACUUAGAGUUGGCUUAAAGGAAGACUUUGAGGUGAUUGAUGUGUCGGUAGUUGAGUGUCCAGAUUUGAGACAAUCACCAUUUCAUUUGGCACAAAGAGGUUUAAGUGGCAAUGAAAAGAUUGCAGAUAUUGGAGGUGUGCCUUAUUUGGCACCAAUUGUUCAAAGAGACAAAUAUUACUCAUUCAAAGACAUGGUAUCUGUGAUGGAAAUGAAUGAAAAAGCCUUUUUCAUAGGAGCCGGUGCCGGACCUUUCAAAGAGGUUCAAACUAAUUGCGAACUAAUGCCUAACAUAUCAUUUGAAAAUAAUUGUAAUGAUAUUACAAAUAAAACACAUUUUGCAAAGAUUGACGAAAAGGGUGGAUGUGAGCUGUCAUUAGUAAAGACUAUGGAUUUUGCUCUGUUAUGUAAUUUGUUUGCAUCUGAAGGCCAAACGGGUCCCGUAAUUAAAGUAUCGGCCAAAAAGAGGAUCGGGUCUAACAAUUUUGUUUCAACUAUUAGAGAAAUUUUAGCCAAACAUUAUGAUAAAAGACCAGUUAGUUUAGGCGGCGUUUUCUUAAUUAAGUCCGGUUCCGCUAAACUUCAUAUUAUGCCUGACUUUAGUAAAACACCGCUCAAUACAAAUGAAGACGUGAAUAAUUGGCUUAAAUAUUAUACAAUGGACUCACCAUUGAUCUGUUUGAGUGUCUUUCAUUCAUUUGAUCCACAAUUAGAUCUUCGUAUUGAACACACUCACUGUUUUAGUGAUCAUAAUCAAGGAGGACAUUAUCAUUAUGAUACUACUCCUGAUGAAGUCGAAUAUGAAGCAUAUUUCAAUGUCGCCAAACAGAUAUACAGAAUCGAUUCACCCGUUGUUACUCACAAUAUUGGAAGAGAUUGA